AUGGCAAAUAGAAAGAAUAAAAAGGAGUCGUCUCAAAUGGGAACUGUCGAAAAAUCGUCGAACAAUGAUGCAUCUGUCACCGAUGACAUUCGUGGUGCUGAAUACUAUCAUGGAAUGGUUCCACGUCAAGAUGCCGAAGGUUUCUUGAAGAGAGAAGGGGAUUUUUUGGUUCGAAAAACAGAACAGACUCCUGGAAAAGUAGUUUUGGCUCUUUCGGUCAGAGUGACUGAUGAGUUGUGCCGUCAUUUCAUGCUCAAUAUGGAUCCGGCAACUAACAAAUUUUAUUUUGAAUUCACCCAUCAAGAGAGCACCAUUCCGGACCUGAUCAAUUGGCACAUGUCUUCGAAAACUCCAAUAUCGGCCGCUUCUGGCGCCAAAAUCCGUCGUCCGAUGGAGAGAUCUCCGUGGUUGAUCAAUCAUGACAGCAUAGUUGCCAAUAAAAAACUAGGAGAAGGUGCAUUUGGUGACGUGUUCAUUGCUGAGUUGGAUCAAGGAGGAAAGCAAGAAGUAGCUGUGAAAACAAUGCGAGCUGAAGCAACACGUGAAGCUCGGCUUCGUUUCAUGAAAGAGGCUCGUCUCAUGAGAAAGUAUCAACAUAAACAUGUAGUUAAAUUGAUUGGAGUGGCAAUUCAUGAGCAUCCAUUGAUGAUUGUUAUGGAAUAUUGCCCGAACGGAUCACUUUUGAGUCAUUUGAAAAAGAACAAAGUCUCUGCUGCUGAUAAGUUGAGGUUCACUACGGAGGCAGCAGAUGGAAUUGCAUAUUUGGAGAGAUCCAAGUGUAUUCAUCGCGAUAUUGCUGCGAGAAAUUGUCUUUUGUCUCAAAAGAAUGAGCUCAAAAUAUCGGAUUUUGGAAUGUCAGACAACAAAGAUGAGAUAAAAGAUGAGGCACUUGAGAAGGUUCCAGUAAAAUGGUUGGCUCCGGAAACGCUUCAAGAGAAAGUAUUCACCCAUAAGACGGACAUCUGGACUUAUGGAGUUCUAGUCUGGGAAAUCUAUGCGGAUGGAGCUGAACCGUAUCCAGGAUUGACGAAGAUCCAGACUCGUGCGAAGUUGGUUGUCAGUGACUAUCGUAUGAAAAUGCCUGAGGGAACACCUCCACUUGUUUCCGAAAUUGUCACUGGAACUUGUUGGCAAAAGAAUCCAGAGAAAAGAUCGACAAUGGAUGCAAUUCACAAGAAACUUCGAGACUUUUUUGAAGCCAAAAAAUAA